AUGAAUGGUCAUAACCUAACUACCCCUGGUUUUCUCAAACAUGCGCAUAUCUCUGUAAUCUAUUAUUAUGGAUUGACAAUUUCUCAUGUGACGCACCCUGCGAGUGUUUCAGAGACAAAACGCCACGCAGGGAUUCCUAAGAGAAAGUGCAAUAAAGUAAUGUUGCCACUGAGAGAGGUCAAUCUAUCUUUGAGAAGGUUAAAGGUCAUACCCUUAGAUGAGAUCAAUUAUACUAAAAUCGAGAGCCUCAAUCUUGAUCGUAACAAGCUCAAGAGUGUUCCAGAGUUAUCUCGUCUUCAAGACUUAAAGAUCCUUAUCCUAUCCAAAAAUGAGCUCUCUCAUUUCCCAGAGGAGAUUCAAUUACUUAAGCACCUGGAGAGACUGGAGGUAAACCAGAAUAAAAUUCAAAAUAUACCCAAUGGAUUAUUUUCUCAUAUCAUAAGACUAAAAUAUCUGAAACUGAAUAACAAUCGUCUCACUGAACUUCCAAAUGAUCUAUCUAGCUGCUCUAAUUUACUCUACCUUAACUUAUCACAUAACCUGUUUAGUACAUUCCCUCAAGCUGUCCUAAGUUUAAAAAAAUUAGAAGAGUUCUAUGUGGAGAACAACAAACUUCAAAAACUCCCUUCUGAGCUCUUUCUGGACCUUUCCCUUAAGAAAUUUAAGGCUUCCUCCAACCAACUGAGAGAACCACCAGAUGAGGUUUGCAUAGGUGGUCUGAAACAAAUAUGUAGCUACUUCUUUCAGUUACAAGAAAGCCAAGCUCAAGAGGUUCGGAGAGUAAAGACCAUGUUUAUUGGAUCCAGCAUGGCUGGGAAGACAACUUUAUGCAGAAGUCUGAGUCAAGCCUGUGCCAAUCCAGUGCCAAGGGAAGAGAGAACCGUGGGCAUAGAAAUUAGUGAGUUCCAAAUUGAGGAUUUUACUUUUCUGUUUUGGGAUUUUGCUGGACACCUGGAGUAUUAUAUAACUCACCAUGUUUUCUUCACCCCUCACUCGCUUGUGAUUCUUGUUGUUGACUUAUUCAGGUAUCAGCUAAAUAAUGAUGACUCCUUCAAGAAUCUGGUGGGAUUCUGGAUCAACAACCUUCUUAUGAGAGUUCCAGACUCUGUAGUUCUUAUUGUGGCAACACAUAUUGAUCAGUGCCUUCCUGAAGAACUUCAGAAGAAGAGUAAGGACAUCCAAGAGAGAAUCUCCAGGAUGCUGAAGCAGAGAAAAGCAGACCUCUCUCAUUUCAUCAAUAAUCUGGAGGAUCGUCAAGACUCAGAAAUGUACAUGGAGCAGGCUGAGAGGCUGAGAGAAAUAUUCACAUGCACUUUACAUGUCCUUGAGAUUAUCCCUAUCAACAGCACUAUUUACCAGGACAUUGAAAGUCUGCAGAGCUCAAUCUUGAGUGUGGUCAGGAAUGUGGACUUAUUUCCUAACAUUGUCAAAAUGCUGCCGCCAGUCUACAAAGAAGUGGAGAAAUCUAUCACUGAGAUUAUGCAUAAUCACGACCUGCCAAAACAUGGUAUUAUGGAGCUAGACCUUCUUCUACGAGAGGUUAUGCUGAAGACCCAAGACGGUCACUUGAACAAGGAUCUUCUGAAGGACAUUCUAAGAUAUCUGCAUCACAUUGGCCUUAUUGUGUGGUAUGAAGACAUACAACCUCUGCUUUCUACUGUAUUUCUAAAGCCAACAUUUCUAAUAACCAUGUUUAAGAUGUUGAUUCGACAUGACCUGUCUGAUCAGAUAGGUAGAAUUCCAGCUGAAGUCCUAGUUUCAGAGAAAGCCUUCAAACGGGAUGUUCUUAAGUGGCAAGAAAUGCUACGAUCAAAAGCCAUGCUCCGUCUCCAAGCCAUUAGGGUCCUUAUAAAACACCACCUUGAGGUCUUCUCUCCAUGUGAUGCAAUAGAUAUAUUUCAAGAUAUGGUAGGAUACAGACAGGAUGGAGGGAAGCUCUUCAGCCUCUUAGAACACUUUCAAGUCUGCUUCCCUGUAAGGAAUAUUAGGAAACUAAAUCCCAAAGCCUCAGAGUUUGUACCAGGAGGACAAUGGCCUUUCAAAAAAACAUUGGGAGAUGUUUUCUACCUGUUUCCAACCUAUCUCAAUAAAGUUUUAGAAGUCACUGAGCGAUGGGGAGGGGAUCAUCAUGAAGAUUUGCAAAUCAGAGUAUACUUUUCUCCUGAAAUUCCUGAGGGAUUAUUUCAAAGACUCAUGGUGAAAUCUUGCUCUUUCUACACAACACAUUGGGUGGAAAAGUCUACAUUCCUUUUAGUAAGCAAUGGAAAACCCCUUUUAAUCAGGGAGAACAACCAGAAAGCAAACAGUUACAUUGAGCUCUGCAGUAGAAGACCUCAUAAACAGAGUGAUUUCAGACCCCUGUGGGACUUCAUAUUGGCUAUUCUGUCUAUUGUUGUGAAGCUGUACGAAGAGUGGCCUGGUCUUCAUACCUACAUCCGGACACCUUGUAGGACAGUGGGCUGCCCUGAUGAGUUUGAAUGGCCGGAUAUGGAGGGUUCAUGUUCAGUGUAUGACAUGAUUAAGGAAGACUUCAAAACCUGUGAAACCUGCUGUUUUACAAUCAACACUGAGCUACUUUUACCAAAAGCUCCAAGUCAAAUUAAAGAUCCUCCAGACAUGCAAAACAUUCACAUCACAAACUAUGGUGAAGCUUCUAUCAUAUCUCAAGUGACAAGUGUGGAGUAAACUGGAAUUGUCAUGUUCCUGGAAGCAAUGUCAGAGGAGUAAAGUGCACAAAAUGGCAUUUUCAUUUUUUUUUUCAUUUUUCAAAAUAAAGCUUUAUUGGUAAAAGA